AAGUUCUGAAUAUUACGAAAGUAAAAAUUUUAUCGCACACAUUUCAUCACAAAUAUCUGAGAUUGAUUUACGCCGUUCAAUUUAGAAGAUGGCAAAAUUUCAUCGUCUCCCAAGCAUUGUGUUAAUAUUUAACUCCUGCUUAUUAACAUCAAAAACUUUUAUAAUGUCUGAGACUAUAAAGCAGCAAGAUGAUGUAGUGGAUGAUCAUUUGACGUUACGAUUAGUCAGCACGGUGUUUAGACACGGCGAUCGUACAAUGGACAAGCAAAUGAAUCGUGAAUCUUAUCCAAACGAUCCAUAUAAUGGUCGUAGUUUCUACCCAGUUAGCGACGGAGACUUAACUAAUAUUGGCAAGAAAAGAGCGUACGAAUUUGGGCUGCUGUUAAGAAAAAAAUACAACAAGUUUCUCGGGGAUUUGUAUUAUCCACCGAAUGUCUACGCACGUAGCACGUGGGUACCUCGAACCAAGAUGACCCUACAAUUAGUCCUUGCGGCGCUUUAUCCGCCUGUCGAAGUUCAAAAGUGGAACUCGAAGCUUUCUUGGCAACCAGUAGAUAUGAUAUAUUUUCCAUUGGAUGAAGAUUAUCUGCUGUUUUCAAUUAGAUGCCCUAUAUACAACGAUAUUUACAAAAAUGUGCUACAAAAUGCAGAAGUGAAAAAGAAAAUAGAACAGUUUGACGAUUUGAUGGAGAUAACGUCAAAUUAUACAGGAACUAAUAUUACAAAUCUCCUGGGCCUUACUCGUUUGUAUAGUAUUUUACAUGCAGAAUCAUCUAUGGGAUUAGAUUUACCUAAAUGGACGCAAGACAUAUUUCCGAAUGGCCAACUUUUGAAUGCGACUCUCUUAUUCUUUGACCUACUUAGUUACGAUCAACUAAAUAAUCUUAAUGGAGGUGUAUUAUUAAAUAGAUUAAUUGACGACAUGAAUAAAGUGAUCAAAGGAACUCUAAAUCGCAAAAUUAAUCUCUUUUCCGCACAUGACAUGAAUGUGUCUGGAUUGCUACUUGCUCUAAAUAUUUCCAAACGUCAUUUUCCAGAGUUUACGAGCAGCGUUAUUAUAGAAUUACACGAAAGAGAUGAGAAGUAUUUUGUCAAAAUAAUAUAUUACUUAGGUAUUCCAUCGAAAAUGUUAGAAGUUAGCAUUCCCGGCUGUGAAGUAUUAUGUCCAUACGAUAAAUUUAUCGAAUUAACUAAGAAUACAACUAAGACAUUUAAACAAUCGUGCAAUUAUCCAGAGAAUCAGAAAGUAGACAAAUCUCGUACUUUCACACCAUUUAAUGAUAGUAUUUGAAAAUGAA